UUAAAUACUGCUCUUGUGCUGUUUUAUACAAGUAUUAUCCACAUGUACGUAAAUCGCAGAUUGAUAUAUUUUCAGAUGACUUGGAUUGUAGUUCAUCUCGUUCGCUUACGAUAUGUUUAAUACCCCCAAACAAAUGAAGCUGGGAUGUGCUGGGAAGACACGAGUAGGUUUGUGGCUUGGCAACGUAAAGACUGUUUAGUAAAAUAUGAGUUUUUUCGAACACGACGUUGAUAUUGGUCCUCGGAAGCGCCUCCGCAUGGAGGAAAACCACGAGGAAAUGCCUUUGGGAGGGGCGAAGGCAAAGGGGAAAGUCGUGGAUGUGUCUAUAGUCAUGCCAGUGUACAACGCAUCCAGCUGGCUGGAUGAGUGUCUGCAGGCCAUAUUGCACCAAGACUUCACUGGUUCCAUGGAACUGUCUGUUUAUGACGAUGGUAGCACUGAUGACUCCAGGAGGGUAGUGGAGGGUUGGAGAGAGAAGAUGGAAAGGAGGGGCAUUUCCAUGGUGAUCUCUGGCCAUAAAUCCAUCCAACCAAGAGGGGUGGGCUUUGCCAAGAACAAGGCCAUAUCUCAGAGUUCUGGACGAUACCUGUGUUUUCAAGAUGCGGAUGAUGUUAUGUUGCCCCUGAGAGUUCAUCUGCAGUAUAAGAUGUCUGUCCUCCACCCAAGAUCUCUGAUUGGCUGUAUGGUGCGACGGAUACCGGAGGGGUCUACUGAGCGCUACACCCGCUGGAUCAACGAAAUCACUCAGGACCAGCUCAUCAGCCAGGUAUACACCUCUCAUGGACCCACAGUGAUCAUGCCAAGUUGGUUCUGCUCCAGACACUGGUUUGACAGGGUCGGAUCUUUUGAUGAGGGAGGCAAGGGAGUCCCUGAGGAUUUGCUCUUCUUCUACCAGAGUCUUCGUCAGGGAGGGGGCGUAGCCAGGGUAGACCAGUGCCUGCUGGUCUACCGUUACCAUGAAAAAGCUGCCACACAUUCUGUACUCGAGGAAACGAUUUGGAACCUGCGUGUGGAUUUUCUUCAGGAGCGAGUUCUCUGUCGGUGGGAGAGCUUCACCAUCUGGAAUGCAGGGAAACAGGGGCGGAAGCUCUACAGAAGCCUAAGCCCGGCCAAUCAAAAGAAGGUCAAGGCGUUUUGUGAUGUAGAUGAGAACAAGAUCAGGAAAGGCUUCUACACAUAUGAGGAAUCCAAGGAAAAACCAAAGCCCAAGAUACCAGUUCUACACUACAAAGAAGCCUCCUCUCCCUUCAUCGUAUGUGUUAAACUGGACAUGACAGGAGGCGUGCUGGAGGAGAACCUCCAUGCUUUGCAGCUGAGAGAAGGAGUGGACUACUACCAUUUCAACUGACUGAGGAAUAAAGACGGCAGGACUGUUGUAACUUAAAAAAAAAUACCUGAGAGGGUGAGAAAGUAGUUAAUUUCUCGGGCUCUGAGGAACUAGGCGAGAGACCGUGAUAAGGUGACACCCUGGAAUACGCUGAAGAACAACGCUAACUUGGGGGAAGAGGAAAAGGGACGAUCAUUUAUUGUACAUCAUUUUCAUAUGUCACUAUUUGCAGUAAAUCUUAGAUUUUUCUUUCUUAUUAUUUCUUUUUUUAUUUUCCCCCUUUUUCUCCCCAAUUGUAUCUGGCCAAUUACCCCACUCUUCUGAGCCAUCCUGGUCGCUGCUCCACCCCCUCUGCCGAUCCGAGGAGGACUGCGGACUACCACAUGUCUCCUCCGAUACAUGUGGAGUCACCAGCCGCUUCUUUUCACCUGACAGUGAGGAGUUUCACCAGGGGGACAUAGCACAUGGGAGGAUCACGCUGUUCCCCCCAGUUCCCCCUCCCCCCUGAACAGGCACCCUGACUGACCAGAGGAGGCACAAGUGCAGCGACCAGGACACAUGCCCAUAUCCGGCUUCCCACCUGCAGACACGACCAAUUGUGUCUGUAGGGACGCCCGACCAAGCAAGAAUAACAUGGGGAUUCAAACCAGCAAUUCCAGUGUUGGUAUGCAACGGAAUAGACCGCCACGCCACCCAGACACCCAUCUUGAAUUUUUCUUAUGAAUGGGGUGAUGAGGUCACCAGAGGAAGACCUGCCAGUAGAAGAAGAAAAAGAAAAGAAAAUUGUGAUUAAAGAGUUGAGAAAACUUGACAGUUAAAGAUUGGUUAAAACAAGAUAUCAAGUAAUUCUUCCAAAACUGCAAUAAUGAGUAACCAGGGAUUAUCUUUCAUUACUGUAUUCAGUGUUUGAGUAAAAAUAUGCUUGUUGUUGAAAUACAGUAUUUCCUGUAACAACAGAUAAGCACUGCCAAUAUUCAUCACUGACGGCCUGCCCCUUGGAAUUCUCUCUACCAGGUGCACUAGAUUUUUUUUCUGUCAUCAACGUCACCUUAUUUCAAAGUUCAAGACUUUCAUGUUAAUAGAUUCAAUUUGUACUUGCCUCCGUCGCUGGGUGGGAGGUUUUAUGAUGUUGGAAGCCUUACAGCACUCUCCUAAGUAGCCUUUUCUGUUGCACUGAGGUAAAAUCACACACAUCUGUGCCAAACCCACAAGGUAGCACACUGUGCAAAUCUUUUUGUUUUUUUCUCUUUCGAAAUCUUAAGAACAAUGAUCUCUUUUAGAGUUUAGAUAACUCUGUUUCGAUAUGUAAACAUGCAAACACACACACACGCACACAUAUAUACACACACUGGUCUUACUUUACCACACAGAUUCUGGAGAUAUCAAAGGUAAACAGAUCUUCCCCACAAAUGACCCCUCUGCCUUCCUGGGUCAGAGAGACAGUCUGCCUCAUUGCAAACCUGACCACAAGAAAAAAUAUCAACAGUAAAACACUUGAUGGGAUUUUCUUCUUAUUUUUUUUUUAUGAUAUAUUUUUUCUGAGUAUGUUUUGAAAACGGAAACACAGUGGCACAUUGGUGUGGAUGUAGAAAGUUUGAUUCAUAAUCAUCCCGCUGUGUUGGAAGCGAGGAUUAAACUGACGGAGUUGAAAACAUCAGUCGGGGGUGGUGGACAGGACUGGUUGGAUGGAGUUCAGCCUGAGGUGAGAGGAGGAAAGCCCCAGACCGAGCCUCUCUCAUGUACUCCCGCACCCUCCUGCAGUCCAGUCCCCGGGCUGAGAAAAGUAUCACUGUCUACUUAGCACCUAGCCUCCACCUGGUCCCUCUUCCCUAGCUUUACUUCUGUGACACACACACACGAAAAAUUUCUCUACCCUUGUCAUGUAUUUGUUUUGGGGAUUUUUUUUUCUCAGAAUUUAAGUCUUCAGACUUGAUUUUUUUUCCUGUUAUUUCCUCCCUAUUCCUUACCACAUGCUUGCUCUUAAAUAGGGUACUAAUACAGAUACCAUACUUUUGUGUCUUGAUGCAUGCUCAAUAAUCCAGGUAAGAAAAUCAAAGAAGGUUGAAUCAGUUCAUCUGGAUAACCCAAUGAACUGAUUCAACCUUCUCUGACAUACUUUUGUGACUUUUGCCUCAAAAGCACUCCUUGUUUCACCAUCGCUGCUGCUGUUGAAAUGAAAUUUUCAAAUAUCUGAAUGCAGUCCUGUGAAUCCCAGAGGUUAUUGUAGGGCCACCAAUGAAGCCGUAUUGGUGGCCCUACAAUACAGGCCCUACAAUGGCUGUUGCCAUUAAUAAACUAUUUGUUGUGCAUCCAUCCUUUUGAAAACCAGUCUAUUUGAGUGUGGACGUCCAUCCUUUUUUUUUUUAAAUUUCAUCCUGUUUGGUCUGAGGACCUACCGCUUGCAGAUUACAAGACAGCACGUGUGGAUUUGCCUCAAAUCUCAGGAGGUGUUAAAAGGCAUUAACACUGACAGCGUUGGAGGCCCCAU